CCUCUUGCUGCCUCCGCCGCUGGGCGCUGAGGGAAGAGGCCGCCGCCGCUCCGCCAGCCUUCUUCGACCCCCUCCGGCGGCGCCAUGAACAGGGGCGGCAGCAGCAGCGCCUCGUCCUGCCCCUCGUCGCUCCCCGGCGACGGCCACGGCAGCGGGCACGGCCACAGCGAGUGCCGCCGGGUUUGUAGCAACUGCCGGAAAGUGCUGAGGCAGGAAAAGAAGAUCAGAGUAUCUCUGCCUUUAACAAGAGGACCAAGUGCCUUUAUACCAGAAAAGGAAGUUAUGCAAGCCAACAGUUUGAAUGAACGAAUGCACCUUCUUGUGGAAGAAUAUUCUACAUCUGGCCGCCUAGACAACAUCACACAGGUCAUGAGUUUGCACACUCAGUACCUGGAGUCUUUCUUGCGCAGUCAGUUUUAUAUGUUGCGUAUGGAUGGGCCUCUUCCAUUGCCCUACCGGCACUACAUUGCAAUCAUGGCUGCUGCCAGGCACCAGUGUUCCUACCUAAUAAACAUGCAUGUGGACGAGUUCCUGAAGACUGGAGGGAUCCCAGAGUGGCUGAAUGGCUUGGAAUAUGUUCCACAAAGGCUGAAAAAUCUGAAUGAAAUCAACAAGCUUCUUGCACACCGACCCUGGCUAGUUUCAAAAGAGCACAUUCAGAAACUUGUCAAGACGGGGGAAAAUAAUUGGUCUCUUCCUGAACUGGUGCAUGCUGUGGUUCUCUUGGCGCACUACCACGCCUUGGCAAGUUUUGUCUUUGGUAGUGGCAUCAAUCCAGAGAGAGAUCUUGAUACCUCGAAUGGUUACAGGCUCAUAUCGGUUAGCAACUUCUGUGCCUGCGAUCUUGCCAAUGACAACAACAUUGAAAAUGCGUCCCUCACAAGUAACAACUUCGGGAUCUCAGAUUCUUUAAGUGAGCUGGAAGCCCUGAUGAACAGAAUGAAGAGGCUGCAGGAGGAGGAGGAGGAGGCCUCCCAGGAGGAAAUGGAUACUCGUUUUGAAAAAGAAAAGACCGAGAGCCUCCUAGUGUUUACUGACGUGUUUGAUGAUGAGCUAGUUUCCACAGUAGAUGUUUCCCGCUAUGUUGAAGAUCCUGGUUUUGGAUACAAAGACUUUGCUAGACGAGGUGAUCUCCCAACCUUCCGAGCCCAGGACUAUACCUGGGAAAAUCAUGGAUUCUCCCUUGUGAAUAGGCUUUAUUCUGACAUUGGACAUCUCCUGGAUGAGAAGUUUCGGAUGGUCUACAACCUCACCUACAACACUAUGGCCACCCAUGAAGAUGUUGACACAACCAUGCUAAGAAGAGCUUUAUUUAAUUAUGUUCACUGUAUGUUUGGAAUCAGGUAUGAUGACUACGAUUAUGGAGAAGUUAAUCAGUUACUUGAACGGAACCUGAAGGUUUACAUUAAGACGGUGACCUGCUACCCAGAGAGAACUACCAAGCGCAUGUAUGAUGGUUACUGGCGCCAGUUCAAGCACUCGGAGAAGGUCCACGUGAAUCUUCUUCUUAUGGAGGCUCGCAUGCAAGCUGAGCUGCUCUAUGCCCUUCGUGCCAUCACACGUCACUUGACCUGAAGCGCCGCUGCAAGUGUGCGAAUAAAUCUUCCAAACAAGUUGCACAGUGAAGAAAACUGCCUAUGGUGUAGCAUCAGGUUAUUGGAUUUGCUAGUGUCAAAAGCUGAAGCCACAAUUCUGGCGGCUGUUAAUGUGCAAUGAUGAGCUGUAUUUUCUUUUCUUUUUCCUUGAUGCUUAACAUUACUAAUGGUAGCAAGAGUAACACUGAGGAACACUACUUAAGUUGUUUCCAGUUGGAGUAUUGGUCACAAACCUGAAAUCGGUUUGUUAUAUUUGAUUUCUUCUCACCCAGAAGAAAAACACAGUAUUUCUUUUGAGGUUCUGUUUUCAGCCACCCCACCCUUGCUUAUAUGAAUAGAAUCCAGUAAGGAAUUUUCUUUCUCCCCACCAAUCCCAACCUCCUUUAAUUCUUUCUAGGAUGUUAUAAUGCAGUUUUCCUAAAUCCAAUAUAUGCCGUAUUUUAAACUGAACUGCUCAACUGGCUUAUUCUUACAUUUUUUCGUAGAAAUUUAGUACUUCUAUUCAGUGGUAGUUUGGAGGUCAUGUGGAAGUUGAUGCAACUAUUGUCUGCCCCGUUCCUUUCUUUUUUUAAUGUGAAAGGAACUGCUGCGAAUUUUGCAGCAUGCUACUGAGACACAGCAUUCAAAUACAGCACCUGCUUUUUUGAAUGAAUGACUGGGGUUUUGCCAUAUCCAUUUCAACUGUACAUACUGUUUCAGGGACUGCAUCCUCCACUUUUGCCUAGAGUUGCUCUCUAAGCUUAACCCUAACCUCUAGUGAUGCGUUAAGGGCACUCAAAAGCCCGAUCAGCAAUCUAUUACAGGUUGGUUUUAAAACAUUUGUAAGAUGUUUAAAUUAAAACUCAUUCUUUUAACUCGUUCCUAGUUACAGGAGUAAUGUGGAAUCUGCAACUUCAACACAUACUAAUUAAACAAAAAACAAUCUACUUGACUAUGUUGUUUCAAAACUAUCAAGAGCUGCCUUGUUUUGUGUCAGACUGCAGGUCCAUUUAGCCCAGCGCUGCCUGUCCUGGCUCUCCAAGGACUUGGGAAGUGGUCUUGCCUCAGCCCCUGCUGCCUAAAAAUCUUAACUGGAGAUGGCAGGGGUUGAACCCAGGGCCUCGUGCAUGCAAAGUCUGUAUUUGCUGAGCUAUAGCUCUGCUUUCCGUGACAGCUUUGCUUAUAUGGACUUUUACUAGGUCAGACCUUCUGUCUGUCUAGCCAGUACUGCUUAUUUGGCUGGCUGUGGCAUUCGCUUGAGGCCUCACGUGGACAGGUUUCCUAACUUUACAACUGGAGGUCCUUUUAACUGGUAGCGUGAGAGGUUGAACCUGAAACCCUCUACAUGCAAAAGAAUGUGCUUUACCAUUGAACUGUGGCCUCCUCUUCUUUCUUCCACUGCUGUUUCUCUCUGUCUCUUUUUAAUUCAGUGGUUAACUUGUUAGUUAGUCUUUAGCUGAAGCUUUUCAAAAUUUGAAUCCCAUCAUGUUUCCUGGAAUCAUGGUGUCAGAACACUUUUUAACAUUUUAAAUCUAUUAAUUGUGUUUCUAUGUGUUGACAUGAGUGAACAAAGGAAGUGCAAUAUUGAGCAGAAAGGCAAGCUUUCCCUUACAAACUCACUGCUUGAAAUAGCCCCUUCAGAAUGGCUGGGGUCAAAUGCUUUCCCUUCCCGAACUCUGCUAGUGCCCAUGGCUUGCUUGCCUUGAACAAUCAGUUACUACCAUGAUGCCAAAGCAUCCACUGAGUGAAACAGAUGCAGGGCAUGUUUCCCCAGGCACUUCCUCACAUCCUCUGUUCCUUAGAGUGGAGAAGCCUCGUGCAAGCUCCAAAGACAGGAACACAGAAUGUGGCGCAGCAGCACUUGCUGGAGCGUGCCCACUGACAGCUGGCAUUGUUAGGAAAGAGAAGUGCGCUGCCAAAAAGGUCACCCAUUUGCAUUGCUUGACUACGCUUUUUUUUUAAGAGCACAAAAUGUCAGUGUUUUUAUAGCUUUACUUUAUGUUGUCUUUAAUGAUUCGGUGAAGUGCCUGAAGGAUAUGCCCACAAGGAUAUGAGAGUGAUGUUGAGCUGAUAGCUUCACUCCAAGAAGUGUUAGUCACAGCUGAGUCCCAUUGAAAGCAAUCACCGCAUCACUUUCUUAUAUCCUGUUACAUUCUCAAAGGGCCAUACAAGGAGCUCUGCUGUCCUGUAGCCUUUGGUUGGGGUACUCAACACUGAUGUUAGUUUAUUCCUUCAAGAUUGGCUUUGUUUUGAUAUGCAUGGGAAAUAAAUGAAAUUGACAUCCUUUUAGUCCAAUAAGCUGCAGAAGGUAAUAUAGCAUAACUAUUUAAGUUGAAGGCUUCCAUAAUGGUUUGUUUUAUGAGAACCAUUUUGGAAGUCUUUCCAUUUUAAACAAGCAAACAAACAAACUAUGGACAAGAAUUUGGUUGGGUUUAUUUUAUUGAUCUUCUAAAAAUGGAAUUGUUCUCAGUCUUCUGUUGUCUAAUAAUUAUUGUGACAUCAUGCCACACCCCCACACACCCCAGCUGCUGAAAUAAUUGUUUGUUGUUCUAUACAUCCUCUGUUUCUGCACUUGGAAUUGCAGGUUGCUUUUCUUUUGCAUGGAAACCCUCUGAGGAUAUAGCUACACGACAGAUAGCAUAUUGGUUUGUAUUGUCCUUUGACGAGUGUGCUGUGAAUUCUCUGUUAAAAAUAUCCUCUUACACACUUCCCAAACAAUCUCUUGGCUUCUCGGGAGACGAUUAAAUCAUUGAAUUAUGUUGUGUAGCUAUGCCCUAUGCAAAACCUUGUAUUACUUGAGGACAGCUGUUUGAUGACCAGAGUAUUGUUGGAAAGCAUGAAUAGUAGUUAGUUUAUCUAUCUGGGUAGUGAAAGUGAGUGGUUUUCUUAAAAGUUUUAAGCCACAAUUUAACACUGUGAAGUGUGGCAUUGGAUUUGACGAGUGUGCUCAGCCAUCUGCACAGGCAAGUCCAGCUGGUAGCACAGGACGCUCAUAUGCAAAGGAGAACUUAAGCAGGUAUCCUUUGGUUGGGAGCAGCAGCUAUUACAGAAGCCAGGUGUACUUUCUUCUGGCAGCAUGGAAUUGAUACAUCCAAAGUCACCUUGACUCAUGGCGGAGUCAGUGGGACUUGCAACUCCAACUGGAUUGUGGCUUUGAAGCAGAACUGAAAUGGACAGGUGAAGAAAGUUAGUCUCUGCCAAAUACCUGCAAAGCAUCUGGGGAAAGGGUGUUUGUCUUGUUUUUUGGUUAGGAAGAAGGUGUCAAGUUGGGGAAGGAGUGUCUGGCUCAUUCCCUUGAAUGCCCUUUUCCCUAACUCUGUUCUUUCCUGGAUUCUGGACACUUGUUUGCAUGGGGCAGAGAAAAACAGACAGGAAAGGAUGUAGGGAGAAGCAACAGGUGAGGACACUCUGGCCCCACCACUCUAAAAAUAUUGCAUCUGCUUCAUACUUAGGAGUAGUUAGAAACACAAGCUGACUUGUGUAUAUAACUGUAAAAGCUUUAACUCUUUCUUCAGAGGGGUUAGUUUUGUUUAUUGAGAAGUUGGUGUUCUAAUUGUGAAAGCAUUAGUGCCUUUUCUUGUUUCUUUUUUAUCAUUUAAACUGAAUAGUCAUCUCACCAAGAGACAAAUAGAUUUUAAUACUAGAAGCCUCUGUCUGUGUUGACUUUUUCUCCCUUUGUGAAAUGUAUAAACUGUCAACAGAUGCAUAAACUAGAUUUCAGAUGGUGUCAGAUUGGUAUGUGGCAUUCGCAGUUGGAACCUGCUGUUGAGAAGUAGUGUUUCUCCUUAGAAGUAGAAUGGCUCACUUGAAUGUUAUGAAAUGUUUCCAAGGUGGUUGAUACAGAGUAUACAGUAAUGUGGUCCUUAUUUGGUGCAUAGCUUUAUAUAUACCCAAAUGUGAUGGGUGUCUGUGCGUGUGCACACCACUUUUUACAUGCUGACAUUCAGAUUACGCAUCCAAGUGAACAUGAUUGUACCUGGUUUGCUUGGCAUACCCCUUAAGCUCACAAAUGUGCCAAAUGGGGUUUUUUUUGGGGGGGGAGGAUAAGAAAAAAUAAUACAUAUGAAUGUGAAUGAAGCCUCAAACUUCAUGGGUUAAUGGCUGUCAGAAAUGUUUAUCAGUUCUUUGCAAUGUAGGGAUGUGGGGGGCGGGGGUCUGUGUGUGUGUGUGUGUGUGUGCGUGUUUCCUUCCCUUCGUCUGGGUUUACAUGAGAUGCCAGCAUCUGUGCUCCCUGGACCAAAAUCUGUCCUUGUUGUCAGUCAAGGGACAAGAGAAAUGUGUAGACAGGACCAUAGGUAGCAAUAGUUGCUGCUAGCAAGUUAGAAGACCUACGGGUUCUGUGGAACAGUAUGGUAGGAUAUCAGUUCCCAAAUCUCGGGAGGCUUUUGUUGGGACUUUUGCUGCCACAGAGUAUAUAAAUGGCCCCUGGACAGUUGCUCAUUGCUUCUGCUAAAUUCAUAUCUUCAUCGGAUUUAUUUAGGGUGGGCUGGAAAUGGUGCAACAAAUCAGAUUUAGCUUUUGAGUAAACAAAAAAAAAAAUACCCCAAGCUGAGCCAGAUAUUUUAGAUGUAGGAAAGGCAUGUGUGUUUGUGUAUGUAUGAGUGUAUGAGACUAGGAAUGGAACGAAAUGAAAUGCAAAAUGUAUGCUGGCCUGGGAGAGUUUUUACAGGCCAAUCCUACAUUCUGAAGAAAGUUCAACUGGGUUUGGUAUAGUUUACUCCCAGUAAGUCUGCCCUGAACCAUGACCUUUACUCACUUGCAUUUUAUGUUAUCUACUGAGGUUGCUGUCUGGGGUAUAGGAAUGACAAUGAUCUGAGGAGUAAUUAGAAUAUAUUCAUUGGCUCUGGCAUUUUACAUGAAAAGAGCUAAAGCCUGCAUUAUGAGAAUUCAGAUUCCGCACCUGGAAUGAAUGAUGCUCUCAUUUUGAAGGCUUGCAUACAUUAAAUUAUCAGCUUGCUGUAAACUAGGUUUGUGCUUUGAGAGGGCCAAACACCAAACUAAAUGAACUCUUCUGUGGUCUGCUGGCUGCCAUAAAGAUUUCCAGAGCCUUGACAUAUGUUUAGUCCAUCACUAGUACUUUCAUCUUGCAUUUUGCAAACCCAGAGGCACAUUCCUAGUUGCUACUGGCAAUUGCCCAUCCUCUCACUGAUUCCAUUGUGUGAAGCGAUAAUAGAACAUGCCACUGUCUCUUUUCAUGUGAAGCUCUGUUUGUACCACACUGAAUAAGACCUGGUUUACAUUGUUUUCUUAACUCAUAGAUUGUUGAAUUCUGAGUGAGAAGUGCACAUACCCAUAUCAACAAACCAUGGUUUGUUAACUACAAACAACCUAGAAACAGCCAUGAUUUUUUGCUGGGGUAUGUACUCUGGGUUGUUUAAACUAUGGGUUUGUCAUUAUGUGGGAACCCCCAACUGUGGGUUAUCUAUGGUUAUUAAGGCAAGCAAUAUAGACAGUGAGCAAGAGUAGUACAAAGAAAAACCCAAUCACUUUGCAUGCCACUAGUACAAUUCCACAAAGACAUUUGAGCAGGAGAAAGGGGAAGGAAACGAACAAGCCAGGGAUUGGAGAAAAUAAACCAAUUCUAUCAUCUGCCAAGCAGAUGGGUUAGCAUAAAUAACUAUGUGUUAGCAUGAUGUGCAAACCAGGUCUACAUACUGUUGGAAAAAUAUUAAGGGGGCAUCUUUCAUGAUGAUCUCUGCAAACUGGAUCUUCCCAUCUACACCUGAAUUGUGUCAGCCAGGCCGUGCCAAGCAAAGAUGGACUACUGUUACGAGGCAACCCUUGUAAUGGUCCAGAUGUGUAGCUGAUGUAGAAGCACCUUAACACUUCAUGUUCCUCACUUAAGAGGUAUACAACCUCCUAUCUUAACAGGUCUUUCCCCGGGAAACAAGGUAUGCUGGAUGGCACAUGUAUCAGUCUCAUAUUUUUAGGUGGCACGGAGGCAAUCUUACAAGUUUGUUUAAUAGAAAAGUCAGCCUGCUGUUUUUGGAAACAUUGCUUCCUUAAACUAGCUUACUGUAAUUGGCAUAUCUUAAUUAUGAGGAUGAGCCAAACUGCUUUGCAGUUCCAAUUGGUUUUGUACCUUUUCUUUGUCUUCCGAAAUGCAUUCAGUGUUUGACCUUUUAAAAAACCUUUUAAAAGCAUGCUUCUUUUUAAAAUAAAUAAAUAAAUAAAUAAAUAGAAGUUUUUGGCACUUAUAAGAAAGGUAAAUAGACUUUUCAAAAAAGAGAGCACAGCUGCAGAUGCAGAGGAGAGAUUUGAAGGCACACACCUUUGGCUUCCAACCAUUUCUUAAAUGUCAGGGCAAUUUUGAUGGAAAUUUAUUUUCCCCUUAAGUUGGAAAAUCAAAUCUAUGAAACUUGGGGCACUGCUUUCUGGAGCACCAAACAAAAUUAAAGUUAGACCUUCUCACACAUUUUCCAAGGGUUUUCAUGCUGAGGCCUCUGCCUCCAUCAGAAAAGAGUACUUUGUAUUGAGGGACUAAAAAAUAAAAUCUGGAUUGUCCUUAUGAAGAAUGUGCACAGGACCACAAGAAGGGUCUUUCACUUUCUAAGGUAAAUAGUGUGAAAUGGCCCUUGAAGGAGGGGUAUCAGAUACUGACUACAAUUGCUUUUUACAAGCUAUAGGGAACCAUGUCAGGAAGAAGUUCCUUUUUUUUUAGGAACCAGCCCCCAGUCUUUACACUUAAGUACUAACUGAACUGAAAGCAAUGAGGUUCAUCUGGAAUGAAUGGGUAACUGAUGUAAGUCUUUGUUUUAUUAAAUAGUAACCCUUUGUAUAAAUUCAGUUACCAAUGAGGAAGCUCCCUACAGGACAAAUCGUUUUGCCCUAAAGAAUCUUAAUUUUAACAUUGUAAUGCAUGUUUAUAAUUGAAUUUGCAAAGGCAAUUAAAAGACAGCUUUGGGUGUCUGCUUUCUUCCAAGCAAUUGUGUCUGAAAUAGCAGACACCUUUCUUUCUUUCUUUCUUUUUUAAACUGACUGUAAGUAUUAAAAAGUUCCCUAGUCAAGAGGUUUACCCAUUAACAAAGGUAGAGUAAGAUAAAUUGCCAACAUUCUGUUAAGGUUUAUCUUAUCUCUGUUACAAACCUAUGUUGGUUUUACAGCCAUGAUUUCUCCCAUAGCCUCCUGCAAAUUGUAGUUGGAUGUAAGCACUGAAUAUGUUUGUUUGUAUCCUCUCAUGGAACUGGCAGAGAGGAGGUAUGUUAAACCAGUUAAAAUCUGUGCCAUAGAUGUGCCAAAAGGUUAAAGUAGGCUUCCUUCAAGAAGGUAAAAACAGUCUCUUUACAGCUUUCCAAUCAAGGUGAGAAGGUGUGUUCCUUCAGAGCUUGACAUGGAUGGAAAGAUGCAGUUAAAUAUCCCAUAGUAUUCCAUAUUCAUAGAAUUUCCAGAGCUCACUCCAUAGAAAUGUGACGGAAUUGUUGCUUGUACACAUUACACAGAUCUUUACCACCUGCCUCUUGAGGAGGACCUUUCAGGAAGUAUGUUGGCUUCUCCAUGUCCAAUCUACUUGUGGCCUAAAUUACCAUUCUGGCACAUGUGGUUCAUUAUUUACCGCUAGGCUGAUACCAGAUGAGCCUGACCUCUGUGGGAAGUGAUGGGUGGGGAGGGUUGAUUUAUGGACUGUGUAAGCUGUCCAGAGAGCUUUGGCUGUGAGAUGGUAUAGAAAUGAAAGGAAAGGAAUGAAAAAAUAAAUAAAUUGUCCUGACUUCCAGUGAAUGUCCACAGAAUACAGUGACCCUUAAGAAUGUAAAAUAUGGGCCAUCCUUGAUUUUGAUCCAUGCAUAGGGCUGCCCAGGGCAAAACCAAAAUGGUGCCUGAACAUUUGAAAAGUGGCCAAGUGAAUUGAGUACGAGUUUGAAGUCUCAGAUGUAGCAUGCUGUGAACAUCAACUGGUCUCCAUAGUUACUCACAAACCCAUCAGUAUUGAUGUUGUUUCCCUUUUGGCUUUUUUGACCAUGUGUUCCCUUGAAAUGUAGUGUAUUUCUAGAAACUGUGAUAGGCCUUCACGGUCCUUGACUUUGUUACUGUAAGUUUUUUAAAGAAAAUGAUUUGUGAAACAUGGGACCUGAGGUGGAUGGCUCAGUCCUACAAGAUUGCCCACUUUCAAUUGUUUGUACUAUGUUAUGGCUGUAUGUAGAAUAAGCUUAUCAAUGAUGCAAUUUAGGAUUCACACAGCUUUAUUAUGUCUGUGUGUGUGUGCAUUUUUGUAUGUGUGUCCUUGGGAGUUGGAAGAGAAAGGUGAUCUGUUUAUAGGCUUAAGCUUUAUUUAGGAUUGUGCUUUGGUUUUUUCCAUAUGUGAGUGUAUGUAUGUGUGUUUUCUGGUAAAGUAACUGACUCAAUAAAUCUAUAGCCACUUAGAACUAGAAACAGAUCUAGCUGUAGAUGAGAGAUUGUGUUUUAAGUUUGGGUAUUGAGCCCGUGUCUGUGUAGGAAACCUUAAUUUGCACCACCUGGAACUCCUUGGAGAAGGUUUGGUUUCAAACACAGCAAGUAAUGGCCUUUGCAUCGCUUAAUUCUUGUGUGGAUGUGUAGAGGCAAAUGCAGGUUGACGUGAAUGGAAUAGAAACUUCCCGUUUACAUUCAGGAGAAACCACAACAAAGGUCUGCAGCCAGAUGGGCUAGUAAGCCAAUCUCAAGCUGAGUUCUCUUGGGAUAUGGCAAGCCCCUCUUCUUCUUUACUUGCUUGCCAGCAAAACGUGAAACUGGCUGAAGCCUUUUCUGCAGGUGGAAGGGAGGAGAUUUGUCAGAAUAGCAACAAAGCCUCUGUGUGCGUGCGUUUUUAGUUUCUUUGAGCCUGCUGCAAGUGAGCUGGCUAAAACUAAAAUACUAUUUUAUCUCUUUGAAGAGUUCAUGCUAGCGCUCCUAUUGGCGGUCAUCUGCAUGGGCCAAGUUUUGCCCACUACCAGGUGGCUUAAUGCCAGUGAAGCUGUGAAGAGGCUUACUUUUCAUCAUACCCACACUGCAAGUUGUUUCUGGGAUAACUUUUCUUCCAUUUUCUCAAGAAAAGUACAGGCUGAAGAAGUUACUCUGGAGUAGCAAAAGGUGAUGGGGGCUUUCCUGCUGCCCCAAACUAUUGUACUACAGGAGUAACUCAAGCACAUGAGUGAACCCUAGAGGCCACUUCCCUGAAGCACACGCAUUGUGGAUAUGCAGAUUUAGGACCUCUUGCAGACUGAAUCAAGACUAGCAUUUUUCUUAUGUAGGUGGAUAUUGGACAAGCCAAUCCAAUUGCAUCCCUGUGUGUAACUUUUUUUUUUUUUGGUCAAGUUUUUAGUUACCCAACUUGAAUUGUAUCUGAACGGAUGCGGAAGGAACUUUUUAGCGAGCUGAGACAAAAAAAACGUAUUUUUCAAUAAAGGAAUUUGUGUGUGCAUAUUAACCUGUUAACAGCAAUUCAUAAAAUCUGCACUUUUUAUGAGGUUUUGAAAAAUUCUAUUUAUAGGUACGGAACAUUGGGGUUUGUUAAAACUGUAUAGCAUUUAUACUUGCUGAAAUUCCUUUCAUUGUUAUCGGUAGGAAUUUUAUUGGUUCAAUAAAACUGGCAACAAUAAACCCUGA